AUGUUUAUUGUCAAUAAUAUUCAUGCACAGACACCAUCCAUUGUGAAUAUGUCGUCGUCUUCGUCGUCCACCCUAUCAAAUAGUGACCGUAAUUUUAUUGAAUUUACACGCUGUUUAUAUAAAGCAAAAUCAGUCGUUCAGGAAUUACAAACAUUCAGUACAGCAGUUGGCCCUACCCUUAGCAAUUCUUCAGGACAGUUUGAAUAUGAAGUAGACUUUACUAGUCGUGUAAAACAAUACUUGGACGACUCAUUCUGUAAAUUCAACCACAUGUGUAAAAUACUCCUAUUGGUCCUAUCAAGGCUAGAGUCAGGCCAAACUGUCCGUCGAGAGAGGAUUGACUCUUUUAGACAAGAAUUAGUUGAAGAAUGGAGAAAAGCAUCGAUUAUCAAACAAGAUUUACUAAAACUAAUUCAAUGUAGUCGUACAAUACCUAUUGAUAAAACAUUUACAGAUGAUACACCUUACGACAGCGUCACCACUUCCUCAGAAACAACUACACCAGAACCAGCAUCAGAUUCAUAA